AUGUCGAAAGCUUACCAAAGCGGAGCUGCAGAAGGCGGUAUGCCCGGCGGUAUGCCUGGCGGUAUGCCCGGCGGUAUGCCCGGCGGCAUGCCUGGCAACUUCGGCGGCAUGCCCGGCAACUUUGGCGGCGCUGCUCCAACUUCGGGCCCGACCGUUGAGGAGGGGUGGUGGGUGAAGGUUGGCCAGUUUUUGAGCACGCGCUCGGACCUGCUGCCGCCGCCGUACGUCACGGAGCUGACGAAGCUGCAGGACCGCAUGCCCACGACCGCCUUCCCAAUAAUUCGCCGCAUCGUCGAAGCCGAGCUGGGUACUUCGAUUUCGGAUCUGUUCGAGAGCUUCGAUUCGAAAGCGCUGGCAUCCGCGUCGAUUGCGCAGGUGCACUUGUGCAAGCUGCUCAGCGGCGAGCACGUCAUCAUGAAAGUCCAGCACCCGAACGCGGUGUACGAAGAGCUGACGACCGCGAAGAUCAUGGUGCAGCAGUUCAUCGCGGGCGAGAAGAUCACGCACUAUGCGACGCAGCAAAGCGAUACUGUUUGUAGCAUUUCGGAAAUGGGUAGUUUGCGUUUCACUUAG